GCCUUUGUCUCCACACCCCCCAAAAGCAGAGAAAUCAGACGAGGUAUCGGUACUUGUGCCCACCGCAUUCGCUUUCAGCAACCAUUUCGUCAUCGACCCUGAUUACAAGCGCACCGCGGCCCAGAAAAAAUGAAGAAGCGAAAGGCCGACGACUGACUUAUUCAUAACAUGUCAUUUUCUGGCGCUAUUGACAUAAUUAGAAGAGCAAAAAGUGUACCUAGGUAGGUAGUUUAGCACACAGUAGCAGUCGUAGUAGCCAUAGUGACCUCGGCCGUAUUGGUUCCUCGCAGUUUCCCUCACUUUAUAACAAGCCCAUCCCCUCCUGCCCCUUCUUCGUCUCAACCCUAAUGAACUCUAAGUGAAUAUCUCCUCUAUCUCCUCAACUAGAUCUGGUCUCCAGAUUUCAACCGGGACCAUAUCUGUACAUUGUCUGGUACUACGCCUCUACUUGAACCCUGACUUAUUAAUCGCAUAUCAUAUCGACAUCCUUACUGUCCUUGCAUUGGUUGGCCAGUAUAGUACAGACGCACGCGGCUACUGUUCACCAGAGAACAUAAUCUUCGAAAUUUCGAAAUCACUAAUAAUAACUCGCAUACCCCUACCGCGUUCAGAGCGAAGACUACUCAAUUUUUCUGUCACCGGGUGAGGUUGUGCUUGGAAGACUGAAAAAAAUGGACGAGGUCGACCGAGAGCUUCAAAGAGCCGAGAGCGAUGCGCUCUCGGGAAUUAGCCCCCGGCCACGAACCCGCAGACCAAGCAAUGAGGUUGAGCGUGUGAACACAACAUCAUCAGUAUCAUCUAGUGAGGCUGGUGGCCUUUACCACCGCACCGUCAGCAUGAGUCGAGUUCCCACAUCACGCGAUCUUGAGAGGCAUCCCACAGAAAUCAGUCGGAUACACACGGCGUUAAGCCAACACAGCAGCACAGUCGGCCGUGACCCUACUUCUAGGAGUCGGAGGGACUCGAAACCACUUCCCGCUUUUGGCGGCGGAAAGCCCUUGCCACCACCGCUGCCAGAUCGCGACGCCUAUGUCGUUGAAUUUGAGGGUCCUGAUGACCCUUACCACCCCCAGAACUGGCCAAUGAAGAAAAAGUUGGUAACAGCCACCAUUCUUGGCUAUACUACAGUGACGUCGGCAUUCACGUCGAGUAUCUUCUCGGCCGCAACACCUUAUGUAGCAAGAGAGUUUGGUGUUAGCCAGGAAGUUGGUACACUGGGUGUGUCACUCUUCGUCCUUGGGUUCGCAACAGGGCCUACCAUCUGGGCACCGUUGUCUGAGUUGAAAGGUCGACGUUUGCCAAUCCUAAUUUCCAUGUUCGCCUUCUCCAUAUUCACAAUCUCGUGCGCCGUGGCCAAGGACUUACAGACACUACUCAUCUGUCGGUUUUUCUCUGGUUUCUUUGGAGCUGCCCCUCUUGCCGUUGUAGGUGCCGUGUUCUCCGAUAUGUUCAACAACGCAACUCGAGGUGUCGCCAUUACUUCGUUUUCGAUGGGUGUUUUCACUGGUCCCCUUCUUGCCCCUUUUAUUGGAGGCUUUAUCGUUGAAUCCUACCUUGGCUGGCGAUGGACCAUGUAUAUCACUUCAUUCAUGGGCUUCCUUGCGUUUGCCCUCGACGUUCUUUUCAUGAACGAGACGUAUCCUCCGGUUGUUCUAGUCGAGAAGGCUGCUGAACUGCGUCGCCGUACCCUGAACUGGGGUAUUCAUGCCAAGCAAGAGGAGAUCGAGGUUGACUUUGUAGAGCUUAUCCAGAAGAACUUCACUCGGCCUAUGAGACUGCUCUUCUUCGAGCCCAUCGUCACCCUAUUGUCCAUCUAUGUCGCUUUCAUUUAUGGUCUUCUUUACCUCUUCUUGACCGCGUACCCAUUGGUUUUCCAGGGUAUUCACGGCUUCAAUGCAGGCCAGUCAGGUCUGGCUUUCUUGGGCAUGGUCGUCGGACAGAUCUUUGCGGGUAUAGCCGUACUUGCCACUCAACCGUCGUAUCAGCGAAAACUUGCCGCCAAUAAUGGUGUUCCCGUCCCUGAGUGGCGUCUGCCCAUCGUCAUCGUUGGUGGUAUUGCAUUCACUGGAGGUAUUUUCUGGUUUGGUUGGUCUGGUUAUCGUGCUGAUAUUCACUGGAUUGUGCCUACUCUUUCGGGUCUCCUUACUGGCUUUGGCUUGUUGACCAUCUUCCUUCAAUCACUCAACUAUCUCGUCGACUCAUACCUCAUGUUUGCCGCUUCAGCCAUCGCUGCCAAUACUUUCCUGCGUUCUCUCUUCGGUGCUGGGUUCCCGCUAUUCGCGAGAUAUCUGUUCAACGGUCUCGGUAUUCAAUAUGCUUCUACUCUCCUAGGAGGUAUUGCCGCGCUUCUGAUACCAAUUCCCGUGCUGUUCUUGAUCUACGGGCCUAGGAUUAGAGCAAAGAGUGCCUUUGCUCCAACAGACUUCCCUGGAGCUGCCACCAAGGUUCCCAGCCCUGACUCUGGAAAGGAUGUUUCGGAAGAACCCAAAGAACAGAUCGAUCACGCUGCUGUUUCUAAUGCUCCGAGAAGAUCAAGGAGCAACGCUUAAAAUGCCUAAAGCAUUUGGUUCUCCGAAUUAAACCCAUAAUUUGCAUUCCUGGUGUUUUUUGUUUUGUUUUUAUUUCAAAAGGAAAAUGAAUUUGAGCAUUAAAAGAGACGGAGGUAGCAUGUUCAUCUAAGCGAAUAUUAUCGGUUCAUGUCACUUAAUAUUAGAAGACAAGCCGAUCCUUUGCAUGGUUCGCUUUACUAUACAUAGAUGAUGAAUUAAUGACUAUUAUAAUUGCCUACUGAA